AUGGCCGACAACCCCGAACAGAACCCCGCUCCCGCCACCGACCCUGCUGCUGAAGGCGGUGCCGAAGGCGAGGCUGGCCCCUCCAAGAAGGCCCUGAAGAAGGCCGAGGCAAAGGCAAAGAAGGAGGCAGAAAAGGCGAAGAAAGCAGCUGAGCUGGAGGCCAAGCGCGCUGCCGACGCUGCCAAGGAGGCCGCCGACGACAAGGCCAAGGACAACUACGGCGACCGUGAUGUGGUGAAGCUGGGCGGCGAGAAGGUGGCACUGAGGGCUUAUGGCGACGAGCACCUCGGCAAGACGGUCAAGCUGCGCGCGUGGAUCCAGCAGAGCCGCAUGCAGGGCGCCAAGAUGUGCUUCGUCGAGCUGCGUGAGGUCGAGGACUGGAGCAUCCAGGGCAUUGUCACUGCGUCGGCCGAGGGGACUCCAGUUUCCAAGCAGAUGGCCAAGUGGGUCGGCUCUGUCAGCCUCGAGAGCUACGUCGCCGUCGAGGCCACCGUCGCGAAGCCCCUCGAGCCCGUCAAGAGCUGCAAGGUCUCCAACUACGAGCUCCACAUCACCAAGAUCUACUGCAUUGCCCGCGGCCCCGAGGUGCUUGGCCUGACCCUCGCUGCGUCCAAUGCUGCCAUCAGCAGCUUCGAUGUCGACGGCAAGAUGCAGGAGCUGAACAUUGGCGACGCUGCGCCCGGCCUGUCCGCCACCCUGGACACACAUCUCAACAACAUCGUCAUGCACAAGCGUUCCCCAUUGCAGCAGGCCAUCCAGACCGUCCGCGAGAACGUGCGCGACCUGUUCGUCGAGUACCUCAAGCAGAACGGCUUCCACUCAUUCGAGCCACCAUGCCUGAUCGGUGCCGCCUCUGAAGGUGGUGCCAACGUCUUCGGCCUGCCGUACUUUGACAAGAAGGCCUUCUUGGCACAGUCACCACAGUUCUACAAGCAGCUUGAGAUUGCUGGCGGAAGGAAGAGGGUGUACUGCGUUGGCCCUGUCUUCCGUGCCGAGAACUCUAACACCCCAAGACACAUGACCGAGUUCACCGGCCUCGAUAUGGAAAUGGAGAUCGAAGAGGACUACCGUGAGGUCAUCUUCAUGCUCGAGGGUCUCUUCCUCUACAUCUUCCGCAACCUCGAGGAGCGCUGCAAGGAGCAGAUCGCGGUCGUGCGCUCCAUCUACCCGUCUGAGCCCUUCGCCCUGCCUGAAGACGGCAAAGAAGUCCGCCUCACCUUCGCCGAGGGCCAGCAGCUUCUGCGGGAGGAGGGUCCCGAGAUCUACCGCAACGUCACUGACGACGAGGACAUGUCCACAGCGCAGGAGAAGGCGCUCGGUGCCAUUAUCCGCAAGAAGUACGGCACCGACUUCUACGUGCUGGACAAGUUCCCCGAGUCGGCCCGGCCAUUCUACGCCAAGGAGGACCCGGAGAACAACAAGGUGACCAACGCAUACGACUUUUUCAUGCGCGGCCAGGAGAUCAUGUCGGGCGGCCAGCGUAUCAACACCCCCGCCGAGCUGGAGAAGCGCAUGCGCACCAAGGGCGUCGACCCUAACAGCCAGGGCCUCAAGGAGUACGUUGACUUCUUCAGGCAGGCAGGGUGCCCGCCCCACGGUGGUGGCGGCAUCGGGCUGGACCGCGUUGUGGCCUUCUUCCUGAACCUGCCCAACGUGCAGCUCGCCGCCUACUACCCACGUACGCCGAGCCGACUGACCCCGUAA